AUGAGACCCUUGAAAGAAUCAGUGCGACAACAAAUAGGUGACGGCUCUUCGAGGAGCUUUCGAGGUGCUUUGCCCACAACGAUGAUGGAUCGAACGUCUGAUGACAGCGGUCUGACAUCAGAUGACACUUGGGAGCGGAAGACGGAUCUGAUGACGCAAUCAGCGUCUGCACUCUACAAAUGCUGCUCUCUCAGACAUGUCGUCAAGAAACCUGGAAAACCCGUUCGAGUACGAGGCAACUCGAUGAGUCAUGAAGAUGGUGACGAGGCAAACUCUUCGACGACCGAUUCGUCGCCGUGGGAGGAAAAAUCAAAACCAAUUCCGACGCCACGCAAAACAAAGACAAACGUUGUGGGCAUUGCGCAUAAUGUGAUCGAACGCGACAGCUUGAAUUCAUACGAUGACGAAAAUGAUUACAGAGAAGAGGAUGACGAAAUUUUCGACGAAAUUGAUUUCCCUCAGUCGCCAAAUGAACAGGAUGCUGCCGAAUAUGUGAAUCUUAGCGAAAUGUUCCUAUUGGGGACAAAUUCGGAGUAUGCUGAUAUAAUGAAGACGACUGCACCUGCGCUUCCUGUUCAUCGACCUCCGAAUCAAUGGGAGACGAAACUGUAUCAAAUGGCAGACCGUUGUUUGAGUACGGUACUGAAUGAUGACGACGCAGCACAAUGCAGCACACUACUGAAUAAGGCACAUCUCAACGAUAAUGUGAGCACAUCAUCUCCUCAUUUGAGUGCAAUAAGACGAGUGCCGUUGAAUUGCGAUCGUUCUAAAGAAGCAUGCGAUUGCUUAGAAGCAACACAUUGUGCUGCUGCUGCUGCUACGAGCGAUUUGUGUUCAUCGCCAUCGAGACGUUCAGAUCAAAGCUCACGCUCGUCGAAUCGACGUCGAAGUCAUGAUGUGGUCAUUAAUAAAGAAGGUGAUUACGCGGUACCACCGGAUGCAACUCAUGAUGUACGUGGUACACUUGUUAAUUCAGGACAACCGGUAAGUUUCACUGUCCUUGCCAUUCACGGAGAACAUGAUGAUGAUUUCACAAUUUCUCUUCCAUAG